ACCAUCUUCAUUCUUUUCGUUGUGUGAGAGGUAGUUGCAGCAAGUUGCAGUUGGUGGUGGUGCAGAGAUGUGGUACAAACACAGCAAGAUUGCUGCUACAGCUUUGAUUACUACAAUGUUCAUAUUCCAUGGUGCAUCACAGAAUGUUGGUGAGCCUGGAGGAGGAAAUCAAUAUAAAGAGUGUACAACACAGUGUGGAAGAUUUGCAACAGAAGUUGAAAAGAUAGACAGUCUAGAUGAACUGGCUGAUAUGAUUCAAAGUCAAAGAGAAAGUCAAAGAGGUCCAAAGGGAGAACCAGGUGAGAUUGUGAGAGGUCAAAAGGGAGAAAGAGGACUACAAGGAGCUGCAGGAGACGAAGGUCCUCCGGGGCCAACAGGUCGUAGAGGCAUGCAAGGCUCUAAAGGACAAACAGGACGCGUAGGAGACAUCGGUUUAGAAGGUAUACCUGGCCAUAAGGGAGAAAUGAGGCAAAGAGGAGCAAAGGGUCCAAAAGGCGAGAACGGAAACAAUGGAAAGCGCGGAAAUGAUGGGAAUAAGGGUCCACGAGGUGAACGUGGCCCAAGAGCAAAUGAAUAUCUAAUUGCUCAUUUGACUGAACUACAGAAGACAGUUCAAGACCUGACUGCACAAGCUGACAGUCUCCUAAAAAAUUACAGGAUCUAAUCGACUGACAGUUACCGAAGUGAAAAUGAGACUUGAUUACAAGUCUUCCAGUGUUACUUGAUUCAACUAUUAUUAGCUAGUCUGCUUCUCACUGCUUACUAUUGUAGAUUGCAUUGCUCUGCAUGCUAU